GUAACAGUGAAGGUGGAAAUCCAAUGCAAGCUCUACUUGGCUCCGCUGACCACAUGUGGUAACCUCCCUUUCCAGAGGAUAUGCAAGUGCUUCGGUGCAGAUGUCACCUGUGGAGAGAUGGCUGUGGGCACAAACCAGGGCCAGUCCUCCGAGUGGGCUCUCCUCAAACGGCAUCAUACCGAAGACAUUUUUGGGGUGCAGCUGGAGGGAGCGUUUCCAGAAACGAUGACCAAAUGCGCAGAGCUCCUGAACCAGACAAUUGAAGUGGACUUUGUGGACAUCAACAUUGGGUGUCCCGUCGACCUGGUCUACAAGAAGGGAGGUGGCUGUGCUCUGAUGACUCGAUCCAACAAGUUUGAACAGAACGUCCGCGGGAUGAAUUCGGUGCUGGAUGUCCUGCUGACCAUGAAGAUUCGGACGGGGGUGCAAGAAAAGAUUAACGUAGCUCAUAAAUUAAUCCCCAAGAUCUGGGACUGGGGAGCAGCCAUGGUCACGCUUCACGGCCGAUCCAGGGAGCAGUGGUACACGAGGAGUGCUGACUGGGACUACAUUGCAGAGUGUGCUAAAACAGCGAGCCCCAUGCCUCUUUUUGGCAAUGGUGAUAUUUUGUCUUACGAAGAUGCUAAUCGAGCCAUGCAGCUGGGCGUUUUGGGAAUUAUGAUUGCAAUAGGGGCACUCAUCAAACCGUGGCUUUUCACUGAAAUUAAGGAGCAGAGACACUGGGAUAUCUCCUCCAGUGAGAGGUUUGAUAUCCUCAAAGACUUCACCAACUAUGGCCUCGAGCACUGGGGGUCCGAUACCCAGGGGGUGGAGAAGACGAGGAAGUUGCUGGAAUGGCUCUCGUUCCUCUGCAGGUAUAUUCCAGUUGGCUUAUUAGAAUACCUACCUCAGAAAAUUAAUGAGCGGCCACCUUACAACGUGGGGAGAGACUAUCUGGAGACGCUGAUGGCCAGCCAAAAUGUGGGCGAUUGGACUAAAAUAAG